UCUUUGCGGCUCGGCCAUGGCGGAACCGACUUUCAGCCCUGCACAUCGUCACAUAGAUCAGGAGAACUUUGGCUUCAAGGAAGCUUUUUGGCUUACGCACCGGCCUGCCUGACCAUGCGCUUCAUGCAGUUUGCAGAAGAGUCAGAAGAGCCCCCGCCCAUGAGGUGGCCGGAGCGUAAGCUUCUAUUGAGGCCCUCUCUUGGAAGUCAAGGUCCCGCUGAUGCGCUCAAAGUGGGGAAAUCCCGCCCAUGCGACCCGGGCAUUGCGAGAGAUGGACUCCAAAGCCCUUGUGGCGUUGGAUGAGAUGUGGGAAGCCAAGGUGGAGGUCAAUGUGUUCCAUGUCAGUGCAGCUGUGGCCGCCUGCCGAAAGGACUCAGCUUGGCAGGGGGCUCUCGACAUGUUGGAGAGCUGCGGACGGCAGGGCCUGCGACUUGAUGUGGUGACCUUCAACUCCCUGCUCCAGGCCCUCCGCGCCUCUGCGAAAGGCUCAUGGAAAGCGGUGCUUCAGAUACUCUUCUCCAUGCCAGGCCGAGCUUUGCUGCCCACGGACAAGACUAGAAGUACGGCCAUCGGCGCAUGUGCGUCUCUGUGGCAGGAGAGCACGGCGCUCGCGGGAAGUUGCAACCAAAGCAAGGUGGCAUGCAACACCCUCAUCACUUCUUGCGGGCGUGCCUUCCAGUGGCGAAGAUCAUUACAAGUGGUGUAUGAGAUGGUUCGAAUGCAGCCAGACUUGGUGACAGUGGAUGCAGUAGUCACGAGCUGCACCACUGGCUCUCACUGGGGAAGAGCUUUGCAGCUUCCAGAGGCGCUUUGCCAGCAACCGGACGUCGUGCUGUACAGCUCUUUGAUGGUGGCCUGUGCUGAAGGUGCUUUGUGGGAGGAAGCCCUGGAAAUCCUUGGAGAGAUGGUUCGCAAGCAGUCUUCACCGGACCUCUUCAGCUUCAGUGCGGCGAUUCAUGCGUGCAACGCUGCUGAGCAAUGGGAGAUGGGGCUGGCCAUUUUUGAUGAGUUGACUCAGGAGAUGAAGCCCAACGUGGUGGCCUUUAGCGCGGCCAUGACAGCUUUGGCACGAGGGAGUCAUUGGCAACGCGUUUUGGACCUGCUGCUCACCAUGCGAUUCAUGCGUGAAGUACCCAAUGAAGUCACUCUUCUGGCGGCCUUGGAUGCAUGUGGACGAGGCAGACAGUGGGUCGUGGCGUUGGCAUUGCUUGCGACAUCCUGGAGUUGUAGGAUUCGCGUCUCUCAGUCAAGCUAUACUGUUGCAACUUGGCCAGUCCAGAUGUUUCGACGUUGGGAGCAGUGCUUGAGCCUGGUGGCUGAUAUGCCAGUGACAGGCAUAGCUCCAAACGAGAUCAACUUCUCGGCCACCACUUUGGCAUGUGAAAAGUCGAGCCGUUGGACCGUCGCGGUGGAUCUUCUCCACGGCCGCGGCCACGGCACCCGUCGCAGUCUUCUGCGGGUCGGCAGUGUCAUUGGCGCAUGCGAGAAUGCAUUUCAAUGGCACAGAGCAUUGGCCCUUCUGAACGACAUGUGGCUGUUUCAACUUCAAGCGAACGUCAUGACCUGCAAUGGCGCCUUGAGCGCUUGCGCGGCCGCGCGGCGCUGGGUGCGGGCCCUGCAGACCUACGCCCUGACCGCGGGGCGUCGGAUGAGACCCUCGGUGGUCACUGGCAGUGCGCUUCUCAGUACCUUGGAGAAGGGUGAUUCUUGGAGAAGUGCCUUGAGGACUUUGUAUGAGAUGAGUCACGCGCAGCUUCAGAGAGAAGAUAUGGGCAUCAAGGCGGUGCUUCUGUGUUGUUCUGACCAGAGACAGUGGCCGGCAGCAGCCCAACUUCUUCAGAUAUUGGAGUUGCAUUCAUCUCUUGCCGCGGGCUUGGCCUGGCUUGCGCAUGCAUGUGAGGACCUGGGAUUGAUGGCGCCGGCGGUGCGAUUGCUGGACGACUUGGACGGCUCCCGAAGUCUCGAAAACGAGCUGCGUCGGUGAGAACCUGGUUUCGUGAGAGCACCCCAGCGAGCCUCU